AUGCAAACAUAUACUGGGAAACCAGUCCCUGUCCUACAGGUUUUUAUUCGAAGGAAGCUGGUGAGAAGCAGAGCGGGGCACCUGCCGCAGGACCACCAGCAGGACCAGAGCCCCCAGCUCCCCAACCGUGCCUGCAGCAGAUGCUCCUACGCAGCAUCAGAGACUGUGCAACUUGCAGGUCACUUGCUGUUGAUAGUUCUCUCGCAGCCCAUCGCCUUGUCCUCGAGCUGCUGCCAGGCAGUGCUGGAACGCAGCAAAGCUAGUCCAGCCCCCGGGAGGGUAGGAGAAGCUCCAGGAGAAGCUCCAGGAGAAGCUCCAGGAGAAGCUCCAGGAGAAGCUCCAGGAGAAGCUCCAGGAGAAGCUCCAGGAGAAGCUCCAGGAGAAGCUCCAGGAGAAGCUCCAGGAGAAGCUCCAGGAGAAGCUCCAGGAGAAGCUCCAGGAGAAGCUCCAGGAGAAGCUCCAGGAGAAGCUCCAGGAGAAGCUCCAGGAGAAGCUCCAGGAGAAGCUCCAGGAGAAGCUCCAGGAGAAGCUCCAGGAGAAGCUCCAGGAGAAGCUCCAGGAGAAGCUCCAGGAGAAGCUCCAGGAGAAGCUCCAGGAGAAGCUCCAGGAGAAGCUCCAGGAGAAGCUCCAGGAGAAGCUCCAGGAGAAGCUCCAGGAGAAGCUCCAGGAGAAGCUCCAGGAGAAGCUCCAGGAGAAGCUCCAGGAGAAGCUCCAGGAGAAGCUCCAGGAGAAGCUCCAGGAGAAGCUCCAGGAGAAGCUCCAGGAGAAGCUCCAGGAGAAGCUCCAGGAGAAGCUCCAGGAGAAGCUCCAGGAGAAGCUCUCCUACUGCAGCUCACCACGAACGGCAAGACCGUUCCUCCAGACAAAGCUGAGGAGGACGAACGGGUGCUGAAGUAUUCGACCUCUUCUGGUGGCGGCAUACCUUUUCUUUCCCCGUGCAAACACUUUUCUGAAGACUGCCUCUUAGGUGCACGCACCCACUGGCUACAUACCUGCUUUUAUGAGAGUGGAAAGCGUUCUUAG